UACUGAUUACUUUUCAGUUGAAAAAUAAUAUAAUAAUCUACGUUUCAUGACGUUUACGUUUCAAGUUAAUUAAUUUUAUAAAUAUACAUCCUUUAGCUGUUAAAUUAAUAUUUUGGAUAUUUGAUAUAUGCAUAUAUAUUUUCAAUAAACAUAAUAUAGUAACAGUAUUAAAAUACUUUAACGCACUUCGUAAUUGGUUAAAUGAUAAGCGCUGGGAGAUGCAUUAACGGCCGUAGUGUAAUGUCAAAGGAGUGUCGAGUUAACUGUGGCAGUGGAGGAUACGUCAACCACUGUGAACAAGACCUCGAUGAUAAAAGUGAAAUGGUGAUGGGAAUUGCAUCCAAAAUAUCUACAACUGACCAGCUGAGGACAUCUAAUAAUCAUAAAUACUCAUCGUGUGAAAAUUCUGAAAUAAGAAGUCUUAAAGACUUUUCACUUGGCAAUCUUGAUUUAAUUGACGAAUUAAAAGUGAUAGUGAAUCAAAAGGACAAAACUAUUGAACAGUUAUCUGAUGAAGUUAAUUUUCUUAAAAAGAAACUGGAAGAAACGAAACAACAGUUAGUGAAUUUAGCAAGAAAAGAAUCUAUAGAUACUCUCCCUUUUACACCAGUAACAACAAAUUAUUCUUCAGGCAUUGGUGAUAUUAAUUCAAUAGAAUUACAAACUCAUGGUUCUAAAGUAAGAAAGCGAAAACAACGUCAAAUGCCAAUGAAACGUCCAUGUGUAGAAACAGUAGAUAAUAACCAACUAAAAAAACUUAAGAAUCGUAUUCGUACUAAAUCAGGUGAUUCUGGAAAAAUGCAAGAACUAUCACUUAUUACUUCAGAAAAUGCAUACUACACUUGUUUAGGAAAUUAUGAUCCAAUUAAAGAUGAUCCAUUGCCAGAGAGUAAUACUAACAACUUAGAGAUUCCUAGCUGGAGAGUUAAAAACUAUACAAGUUGGUAUUCUAUGGAAGGAACUGAAAAUAUGUCUGAUGAUAUUUUUGAAAGUAGACACUCCAGACUUGAACUUUGGGAACGUAAACGAAAAAGAUGGGAUAUGCAACGUUUAAGAGAAUUGAGGCGUAUUGAAUAUUUGAAAGAAGGACGUAAUAAAAGUCACUACCAAAAUUCAAAUGACAGUGAAAAAGAAGAACUAGUAACACUUUUACCUGAUCCAUCUAACAUAAAAGCAAUUGAAAUAACUGAUAAUUUACCUGUAUCAGCAUUUGGAUGUAAUUUACAUACUAAAAAGAAACCUGAAGAGUUCAAAUUUUGUCAUAGCCGCUGGUGUAAUGAUGGUUCUCAAGAAGCAAAAGAAUCUAAAAUAAGAGGUCUUCGUUCUUCUGGACGUGGUAAUCUUUUUGAUAAUUUGUAAGUUUAUUUUAUGAACAAUUUAUUGUUUGAGAUCUGGUAAUUUCAUUUCAUCAAAUGUGUGGAUAAUUAAGUGUUUGUUUUCCUUUUUUCAUUUAUUUUUGUAAAUAAAUUAUAUAUUUAAACAUAUUAGCAAUUAACAUAUUAAUAAUUAUUGUGAUAUUUAUUUAGUUUUUACUGCUCUUAAUAUAAAACCAAUUGAUUUUUGGUUUUAAUUGAUUUAUUAUUUUUGCAAUGACUAUGUGUUAAAUAUUUAUUAAUAUUGUAUAUUUUUUUUUCAAAUAUUAGUUGUACUUCUUUAGGUCAUAUAAUAUAUUUAUCUUGUUUUAUUGUUUCCGUAGUACACUUCAAAGCUGUAUCUGAGAAAAAAAAUACUUCUAACACUGAAACAACCAUUCAUAAAAUUAUAUUAAUGAUUGAAAACUUUUUUAUUUAAUUUAAAAAGUAAAUUAACAUUAUCUUUAAUCGUAAUUUGUUUAUUAUGAGAUCCUCCUAUUUAUUUUCUCAUAAUAUAGCCUGAAUGUACUUAAUGAAUUAUUUCUUAAACAAUAAAUCUACUUUUAACAGU